UGGUGAUAGUACACUUCUUCACAGACAAGCCAAUGCUCGCCUCAUACCGCAGGACGAUGUUGAAGGACUAAUAAAAGUUCUCCACACCAUGGACAUGAACUCCAAUGAAUGUGGAAACCAAGGCGAUGUUUACGAGGCUGGGGCAGUUUGGUGUGAGACAAAAAACAAGCUGGAGAUGGCUGUUAAAGUCCUCGAGUCCGGCAUCAACAAAUACCCAGAUACAAUAACACUGAAAACUAAGUUGCUGGAAGUGUUUCGGGCUCAGAAGGACUAUCCUGGGAUUGUGUACCUGACCAAGCAGCUUGCUGUGUUGAUACCAGACAACACAGCCUUGUUCCUCAUUGGUGCCGAUGCUGCCACUAACUGCCAUGAACUGGAGUUAGCCAGGGAAUGGUGCAUCAAGGUUAUAGAGUCCGACAAUGUGAACUUUGCAGAAAAGGGCUUGAAAUUAGGGACUCGACUUAUAGCCGAGAUCGACUUACAGGCGAAGAUAUACGGCCAAACAGAUAUUGUCAUUUGUGGAAUCCAAGUUAGCUGAGACGACAGAGAAGAAAAGCCAAGAUGAGUCUACAGGACAAAACUGAUUGAUAAAUGAAACAGCUUGACAAAAUAUAUUGGUGUUGUCUCCAGGACAUUGACUAGACAUUUGUCUAUGGAAUAUUAAUAUUAGCUUUAAUAAGCUGAUGCUCAAAUUUUGGGCAUUGUCAAGCAAUAUUUAUUUUAUCAUAAAUUAUUUUAUGUGUAUUUUAUAGAAAAAAAUAUCUCAACUGUCAUUUGUUUACAUAUUGGAUGUUGUGGAACUAUAUUGGUGUUUUCAUCAGGAAAUUAGCUAGACAAUUGUUUAAGAAGUAUCAACAAAUAUUAUAGUUAACUUUAAUAUGCAGAUGCACAGUAUGUUGGCUUUAUUAUGCAAAGUUUAGCAGAAAUAAUUUUUUAUGUAUUUUAUAUAUGAUGUGGAAUAUACUGUAGAUCCUGAAAGUAAUGCGUCCCAAAAUUAAUGCGAAUGAUGGUGGGCAGACUAAAAUGUGACAUGAAAUUAAUGCGAUUGACCUCCCUUUGACAUAUUACUUUUCUAGCAACACACGUCUGUGUACUUUUCAGUUAAAUCCAAGAUACAGGCGUCUUCAAUGAGAUCAACUGACUAACAUGUCAGUGUACACAUCAGUCACCCUGUUUAGUCCCUAGCGUUUUUGGUGAGAUUAACUCGAAGCAUAUUUUUGCAGAAAUGAUUCACCUAAUGUGUUUAAUUACCUAAAUCUAGCUAAACAUUAGCAUACAUGUAUAAUUACAACUAUAUCUUCCUAAGAUAUGCCGACAAAGUUGCAGCGAACUUUAACAAUCGAAACAAAGAAAGGGUCGACCUCAGGAUUAGCAUGCUAAAACCCAUUCAUGCGCGAUGAAUUGUGUCAGCUUUUGCUGGACUAUUGGACAAUUAGUCUAUGAUGAUUUGUGCUCCAGUUGUUUUAUAAAUGUAUUAGAAUUUUAAUCUUUGUUAGUUUUAAUAGCAUGUGACACAUAGCUUGCUGGACUAUUGCUGAACAAAACAUAAAAAUAAAUGCAUCUUAUUAUUAAUGCGAAUAGCACAAACUCGCAUUUUUCACAUUAAUAUUACAACUGCAUUAAUUUCAGGAUCUACAGUAUUUUAUUAAUACUUAAGCUGACUAUUUUAGUCUUCUCCCACCCAACCUAUCAAGUUCAGUAUUCUAAUGAUUGCUUUGGGUAAAGAAGAAAGGCAGAGCAGAAAUGGUACUCUUGACACAUUGGAUUAAAUGUUUCGCAUCCAAUAGCAUCAAUGUGCUCUAGAAUUCCAUGUAAAAAAUAUACAACAUGUUUUACAAAUACAAUUGUUGUUGAGUUACCUAGUUUAUAAGGAAAACUGUUUUAUUCAUUAAUCUUUUUAUAAACUGUUUUGUAAAGUGUAAAAUUUUAAAAUGUACUCUUUAAGGACCAUUGGGUCAUGGCCGUUAUUGUUAUUUGACAGACACUUUUCAUUUUGUUAAUUCAAUUUACCAAGAUUCAGUUUGGGAAUAUAGUUUUCAUGGCUGUAUUUUGGUUUUAACUGCUUACAUACCCGUCACAUUAGCAUGGACUUUUGUGCUAUUCAUGCAUCACUUUAUUUAUUUUGAAUGAUGAUUGCAAUGAUGAUAGUGAUGAAAAUCUUGUGCCAAGUUCAAAGAUAAUUUAAGUGUUUCUGGUUAUUAGUCCCCUACCGGUCCAACUGGAAGGGACCAUACAUUUCAUUUCUGUCCUUCUGUCUAUCCGUCUUGUCUCACAUAUAGUUUUCCAGAUAUGUUCUUCACAGUGCCUUGAGAUAUAGAGAUAUAAAAAAAUUGUAUAGGUUUAUCACAUUCAAUGACGAUUUACCCAUUUUUGACAGAGUUAUGGUCCUUUAACUUAGGUUAUAGGAUUUUUUUUUUUAAUAUGUGAACUUUUUUUUU